AUGGCCGGAUCGCCGGCUUCCGAGGGUGACGCCCUCGGUGCGGCACGUUCAACGGAGUCAACGCUUGGUGCCGCCGACCAACCUGCGCCAGGUGUCGCGUCGUCCACGUCAGCCACGCCCGCCACGUCAGCCGCGCCGGCCACGUCAUCGCCGGAGAAAGCGGCGCAGGAGAAGGCGGCAGCGAGCGUGCCUGUGCUGCAUGACAUAUCGGAUCACAGCAGCGAGGAGGGCGACAAUGACAGGGAGGAGAAGGGUGGGGGGGAGAGUACGACGGGUGCUGCUGCGGAAGGGGAGAAGGACGAGCAGGGAGAGAAGGAACGGGCGAACGGGGAAAUCCGUGCCACGUGGCAGCUACUGGGCGGUCUUCCAGGCGUUCUUCCUGCUCGGAUGGACGGCGUUCGGCGGCCCGUCCGCCCACAUCGCCAUGUACCACCAGCAGUUCGUGGAGCUGCGCGGGUGAGUGGCGCUGCGGGGGUGAGUGGAGCUCCGGGGAUUUGCAGUGCAUGCAUGUGCCUGCACUGCACGUUGAGUGCAUGCAUGUGCCUGCACUGCACGUUGAGUGCAUGCAUGUGCCUGCACUGCACGUUGAGUGCAUGCAUGUGCCUGCACUGCACGUUGAGUGCAUGCAUGUGCCUGCACUGCACGUUGAGUGCAUGCAUGUGCCUGCACUGCACGUUGAGUGCAUGCAUGUGCCUGCACUGCACGUUGAGUGCAUGCAUGUGCCUGCACUGCACGUUGAGUGCAUGCAUGUGCCUGCACUGCACGUUGAGUGCAUGCAUGUGCCUGCACUGCACGUUGAGUGCAUGCAUGUGCCUGCACUGCACGUUGAGUGCAUGCAUGUGCCUGCACUGCACGUUGAGUGCAUGCAUGUGCCUGCACUGCACGUUGAGUGCAUGCAUGUGCCUGCACUGCACGUUGAGUGCAUGCAUGUGCCUGCACUGCACGUUGAGUGCAUGCAUGUGCCUGCACUGCACGUUGAGUGCAUGCAUGUGCCUGCACUGCACGUUGAGUGCAUGCAUGUGCCUGCACUGCACGCUGAGUGCAUGCAUGUGCCUGCACUGCACGCUGAGUGCAUGCAUGUGCCUGCACUGCACGCUGAGUGCAUGCAUGUGCCUGCACUGCACGCUGAGUGCAUGCAUGUGCCUGCACUGCACGCUGAGUGCAUGCAUGUGCCUGCACUGCACGCUGAGUGCAUGCAUGUGCCUGCACUGCACGCUGAGUGCAUGCAUGUGCCUGCACUGCACGUUGAGUGCAUGCAUGUGCCUGCACUGCACGUUGAGUGCAUGCAUGUGCCUGCACUGCACGUUGAGUGCAUGCAUGUGCCUGCACUGCACGUUGAGUGCAUGCAUGUGCCUGCACUGCACGUUGAGUGCAUGCAUGUGCCUGCACUGCACGUUGAGUGCAUGCAUGUGCCUGCACUGCACGUUGAGUGCAUGCAUGUGCCUGCACUGCACGUUGAGUGCAUGCAUGUGCCUGCACUGCACGUUGAGUGCAUGCAUGUGCCUGCACUGCACGUUGAGUGCAUGCAUGUGCCUGCACUGCACGUUGAGUGCAUGCAUGUGCCUGCACUGCACGUUGAGUGCAUGCAUGUGCCUGCACUGCACGUUGAGUGCAUGCAUGUGCCUGCACUGCACGUUGAGUGCAUGCAUGUGCCUGCACUGCACGUUGAGUGCAUGCAUGUGCCUGCACUGCACGUUGAGUGCAUGCAUGUGCCUGCACUGCACGUUGAGUGCAUGCAUGUGCCUGCACUGCACGUUGAGUGCAUGCAUGUGCCUGCACUGCACGUUGAGUGCAUGCAUGUGCCUGCACUGCACGUUGAGUGCAUGCAUGUGCCUGCACUGCACGUUGAGUGCAUGCAUGUGCCUGCACUGCACGUUGAGUGCAUGCAUGUGCCUGCACUGCACGUUGAGUGCAUGCAUGUGCCUGCACUGCACGUUGAGUGCAUGCAUGUGCCUGCACUGCACGUUGAGUGCAUGCAUGUGCCUGCACUGCACGCUGAGUGCAUGCAUGUGCCUGCACUGCACGCUGAGUGCAUGCAUGUGCCUGCACUGCACGCUGAGUGCAUGCAUGUGCCUGCACUGCACGCUGAGUGCAUGCAUGUGCCUGCACUGCACGUUGAGUGCAUGCAUGUGCCUGCACUGCACGUUGAGUGCAUGCAUGUGCCUGCACUGCACGUUGAGUGCAUGCAUGUGCCUGCACUGCACGUUGAGUGCAUGCAUGUGCCUGCACUGCACGUUGAGUGCAUGCAUGUGCCUGCACUGCACGCUGAGUGCAUGCAUGUGCCUGCACUGCACGCUGAGUGCAUGCAUGUGCCUGCACUGCACGCUGAGUGCAUGCAUGUGCCUGCACUGCACGCUGAGUGCAUGCAUGUGCCUGCACUGCACGUUGAGUGCAUGCAUGUGCCUGCACUGCACGUUGAGUGCAUGCAUGUGCCUGCACUGCACGUUGAGUGCAUGCAUGUGCCUGCACUGCACGUUGAGUGCAUGCAUGUGCCUGCACUGCACGUUGAGUGCAUGCAUGUGCCUGCACUGCACGCUGAGUGCAUGCAUGUGCCUGCACUGCACGCUGAGUGCAUGCAUGUGCCUGCACUGCACGCUGAGUGCAUGCAUGUGCCUGCACUGCACGCUGAGUGCAUGCAUGUGCCUGCACUGCACGCUGAGUGCAUGCAUGUGCCUGCACUGCACGCUGAGUGCAUGCAUGUGCCUGCACUGCACGCUGAGUGCAUGCAUGUGCCUGCACUGCACGCUGAGUGCAUGCAUGUGCCUGCACUGCACGCUGAGUGCAUGCAUGUGCCUGCACUGCACGCUGAGUGCAUGCAUGUGCCUGCACUGCACGCUGAGUGCAUGCAUGUGCCUGCACUGCACGCUGAGUGCAUGCAUGUGCCUGCACUGCACGUUGAGUGCAUGCAUGUGCCUGCACUGCACGCUGAGUGCAUGCAUGUGCCUGCACUGCACGCUGAGUGCAUGCAUGUGCCUGCACUGCACGUUGAGUGCAUGCAUGUGCCUGCACUGCACGUUGAGUGCAUGCAUGUGCCUGCACUGCACGUUGAGUGCAUGCAUGUGCCUGCACUGCACGUUGAGUGCAUGCAUGUGCCUGCACUGCACGUUGAGUGCAUGCAUGUGCCUGCACUGCACGUUGAGUGCAUGCAUGUGCCUGCACUGCACGUUGAGUGCAUGCAUGUGCCUGCACUGCACGCUGAGUGCAUGCAUGUGCCUGCACUGCACGCUGAGUGCAUGCAUGUGCCUGCACUGCACGUUGAGUGCAUGCAUGUGCCUGCACUGCACGUUGAGUGCAUGCAUGUGCCUGCACUGCACGUUGAGUGCAUGCAUGUGCCUGCACUGCACGUUGAGUGCAUGCAUGUGCCUGCACUGCACGUUGAGUGCAUGCAUGUGCCUGCACUGCACGUUGAGUGCAUGCAUGUGCCUGCACUGCACGUUGAGUGCAUGCAUGUGCCUGCACUGCACGUUGAGUGCAUGCAUGUGCCUGCACUGCACGUUGAGUGCAUGCAUGUGCCUGCACUGCACGUUGAGUGCAUGCAUGUGCCUGCACUGCACGUUGAGUGCAUGCAUGUGCCUGCACUGCACGUUGAGUGCAUGCAUGUGCCUGCACUGCACGUUGAGUGCAUGCAUGUGCCUGCACUGCACGUUGAGUGCAUGCAUGUGCCUGCACUGCACGUUGAGUGCAUGCAUGUGCCUGCACUGCACGCUGAGUGCAUGCAUGUGCCUGCACUGCACGCUGAGUGCAUGCAUGUGCCUGCACUGCACGUUGAGUGCAUGCAUGUGCCUGCACUGCACGUUGAGUGCAUGCAUGUGCCUGCACUGCACGUUGAGUGCAUGCAUGUGCCUGCACUGCACGUUGAGUGCAUGCAUGUGCCUGCACUGCACGUUGAGUGCAUGCAUGUGCCUGCACUGCACGUUGAGUGCAUGCAUGUGCCUGCACUGCACGUUGAGUGCAUGCAUGUGCCUGCACUGCACGUUGAGUGCAUGCAUGUGCCUGCACUGCACGUUGAGUGCAUGCAUGUGCCUGCACUGCACGUUGAGUGCAUGCAUGUGCCUGCACUGCACGUUGAGUGCAUGCAUGUGCCUGCACUGCACGUUGAGUGCAUGCAUGUGCCUGCACUGCACGUUGAGUGCAUGCAUGUGCCUGCACUGCACGUUGAGUGCAUGCAUGUGCCUGCACUGCACGUUGAGUGCAUGCAUGUGCCUGCACUGCACGUUGAGUGCAUGCAUGUGCCUGCACUGCACGUUGAGUGCAUGCAUGUGCCUGCACUGCACGUUGAGUGCAUGCAUGUGCCUGCACUGCACGUUGAGUGCAUGCAUGUGCCUGCACUGCACGUUGAGUGCAUGCAUGUGCCUGCACUGCACGUUGAGUGCAUGCAUGUGCCUGCACUGCACGUUGAGUGCAUGCAUGUGCCUGCACUGCACGUUGAGUGCAUGCAUGUGCCUGCACUGCACGUUGAGUGCAUGCAUGUGCCUGCACUGCACGUUGAGUGCAUGCAUGUGCCUGCACUGCACGUUGAGUGCAUGCAUGUGCCUGCACUGCACGCUGAGUGCAUGCAUGUGCCUGCACUGCACGCUGAGUGCAUGCAUGUGCCUGCACUGCACGCUGAGUGCAUGCAUGUGCCUGCACUGCACGCUGAGUGCAUGCAUGUGCCUGCACUGCACGCUGAGUGCAUGCAUGUGCCUGCACUGCACGCUGAGUGCAUGCAUGUGCCUGCACUGCACGCUGAGUGCAUGCAUGUGCCUGCACUGCACGCUGAGUGCAUGCAUGUGCCUGCACUGCACGCUGAGUGCAUGCAUGUGCCUGCACUGCACGCUGAGUGCAUGCAUGUGCCUGCACUGCACGUUGAGUGCAUGCAUGUGCCUGCACUGCACGUUGAGUGCAUGCAUGUGCCUGCACUGCACGUUGAGUGCAUGCAUGUGCCUGCACUGCACGUUGAGUGCAUGCAUGUGCCUGCACUGCACGUUGAGUGCAUGCAUGUGCCUGCACUGCACGUUGAGUGCAUGCAUGUGCCUGCACUGCACGUUGAGUGCAUGCAUGUGCCUGCACUGCACGUUGAGUGCAUGCAUGUGCCUGCACUGCACGUUGAGUGCAUGCAUGUGCCUGCACUGCACGUUGAGUGCAUGCAUGUGCCUGCACUGCACGUUGAGUGCAUGCAUGUGCCUGCACUGCACGUUGAGUGCAUGCAUGUGCCUGCACUGCACGUUGAGUGCAUGCAUGUGCCUGCACUGCACGUUGAGUGCAUGCAUGUGCCUGCACUGCACGUUGAGUGCAUGCAUGUGCCUGCACUGCACGUUGAGUGCAUGCAUGUGCCUGCACUGCACGUUGAGUGCAUGCAUGUGCCUGCACUGCACGCUGAGUGCAUGCAUGUGCCUGCACUGCACGUUGAGUGCAUGCAUGUGCCUGCACUGCACGUUGAGUGCAUGCAUGUGCCUGCACUGCACGUUGAGUGCAUGCAUGUGCCUGCACUGCACGCUGAGUGCAUGCAUGUGCCUGCACUGCACGCUGAGUGCAUGCAUGUGCCUGCACUGCACGCUGAGUGCAUGCAUGUGCCUGCACUGCACGCUGAGUGCAUGCAUGUGCCUGCACUGCACGCUGAGUGCAUGCAUGUGCCUGCACUGCACGCUGAGUGCAUGCAUGUGCCUGCACUGCACGCUGAGUGCAUGCAUGUGCCUGCACUGCACGUUGAGUGCAUGCAUGUGCCUGCACUGCACGUUGAGUGCAUGCAUGUGCCUGCACUGCACGUUGAGUGCAUGCAUGUGCCUGCACUGCACGUUGAGUGCAUGCAUGUGCCUGCACUGCACGUUGAGUGCAUGCAUGUGCCUGCACUGCACGUUGAGUGCAUGCAUGUGCCUGCACUGCACGUUGAGUGCAUGCAUGUGCCUGCACUGCACGUUGAGUGCAUGCAUGUGCCUGCACUGCACGUUGAGUGCAUGCAUGUGCCUGCACUGCACGUUGAGUGCAUGCAUGUGCCUGCACUGCACGUUGAGUGCAUGCAUGUGCCUGCACUGCACGUUGAGUGCAUGCAUGUGCCUGCACUGCACGUUGAGUGCAUGCAUGUGCCUGCACUGCACGUUGAGUGCAUGCAUGUGCCUGCACUGCACGUUGAGUGCAUGCAUGUGCCUGCACUGCACGUUGAGUGCAUGCAUGUGCCUGCACUGCACGUUGAGUGCAUGCAUGUGCCUGCACUGCACGCUGAGUGCAUGCAUGUGCCUGCACUGCACGCUGAGUGCAUGCAUGUGCCUGCACUGCACGCUGAGUGCAUGCAUGUGCCUGCACUGCACGCUGAGUGCAUGCAUGUGCCUGCACUGCACGCUGAGUGCAUGCAUGUGCCUGCACUGCACGCUGAGUGCAUGCAUGUGCCUGCACUGCACGCUGAGUGCAUGCAUGUGCCUGCACUGCACGCUGAGUGCAUGCAUGUGCCUGCACUGCACGCUGAGUGCAUGCAUGUGCCUGUACUGCACGCUGAGUGCAUGCAUGUGCCUGCACUGCACGUUGAGUGCAUGCAUGUGCCUGCACUGCACGUUGAGUGCAUGCAUGUGCCUGCACUGCACGUUGAGUGCAUGCAUGUGCCUGCACUGCACGUUGAGUGCAUGCAUGUGCCUGCACUGCACGUUGAGUGCAUGCAUGUGCCUGCACUGCACGCUGAGUGCAUGCAUGUGCCUGCACUGCACGCUGAGUGCAUGCAUGUGCCUGCACUGCACGCUGAGUGCAUGCAUGUGCCUGCACUGCACGCUGAGUGCAUGCAUGUGCCUGCACUGCACGCUGAGUGCAUGCAUGUGCCUGCACUGCACGCUGAGUGCAUGCAUGUGCCUGCACUGCACGCUGAGUGCAUGCAUGUGCCUGCACUGCACGCUGAGUGCAUGCAUGUGCCUGCACUGCACGCUGAGUGCAUGCAUGUGCCUGCACUGCACGCUGAGUGCAUGCAUGUGCCUGCACUGCACGCUGAGUGCAUGCAUGUGCCUGCACUGCACGCUGAGUGCAUGCAUGUGCCUGCACUGCACGCUGAGUGCAUGCAUGUGCCUGCACUGCACGCUGAGUGCAUGCAUGUGCCUGCACUGCACGCUGAGUGCAUGCAUGUGCCUGCACUGCACGCUGAGUGCAUGCAUGUGCCUGCACUGCACGCUGAGUGCAUGCAUGUGCCUGCACUGCACGCUGAGUGCAUGCAUGUGCCUGCACUGCACGCUGAGUGCAUGCAUGUGCCUGCACUGCACGCUGAGUGCAUGCAUGUGCCUGCACUGCACGCUGAGUGCAUGCAUGUGCCUGCACUGCACGCUGAGUGCAUGCAUGUGCCUGCACUGCACGUUGAGUGCAUGCAUGUGCCUGCACUGCACGUUGAGUGCAUGCAUGUGCCUGCACUGCACGUUGAGUGCAUGCAUGUGCCUGCACUGCACGUUGAGUGCAUGCAUGUGCCUGCACUGCACGUUGAGUGCAUGCAUGUGCCUGCACUGCACGUUGAGUGCAUGCAUGUGCCUGCACUGCACGCUGAGUGCAUGCAUGUGCCUGCACUGCACGCUGAGUGCAUGCAUGUGCCUGCACUGCACGUUGAGUGCAUGCAUGUGCCUGCACUGCACGUUGAGUGCAUGCAUGUGCCUGCACUGCACGUUGAGUGCAUGCAUGUGCCUGCACUGCACGUUGAGUGCAUGCAUGUGCCUGCACUGCACGUUGAGUGCAUGCAUGUGCCUGCACUGCACGUUGAGUGCAUGCAUGUGCCUGCACUGCACGUUGAGUGCAUGCAUGUGCCUGCACUGCACGUUGAGUGCAUGCAUGUGCCUGCACUGCACGUUGAGUGCAUGCAUGUGCCUGCACUGCACGUUGAGUGCAUGCAUGUGCCUGCACUGCACGUUGAGUGCAUGCAUGUGCCUGCACUGCACGUUGAGUGCAUGCAUGUGCCUGCACUGCACGUUGAGUGCAUGCAUGUGCCUGCACUGCACGUUGAGUGCAUGCAUGUGCCUGCACUGCACGUUGAGUGCAUGCAUGUGCCUGCACUGCACGUUGAGUGCAUGCAUGUGCCUGCACUGCACGUUGAGUGCAUGCAUGUGCCUGCACUGCACGUUGAGUGCAUGCAUGUGCCUGCACUGCACGUUGAGUGCAUGCAUGUGCCUGCACUGCACGUUGAGUGCAUGCAUGUGCCUGCACUGCACGUUGAGUGCAUGCAUGUGCCUGCACUGCACGUUGAGUGCAUGCAUGUGCCUGCACUGCACGUUGAGUGCAUGCAUGUGCCUGCACUGCACGUUGAGUGCAUGCAUGUGCCUGCACUGCACGUUGAGUGCAUGCAUGUGCCUGCACUGCACGUUGAGUGCAUGCAUGUGCCUGCACUGCACGUUGAGUGCAUGCAUGUGCCUGCACUGCACGUUGAGUGCAUGCAUGUGCCUGCACUGCACGUUGAGUGCAUGCAUGUGCCUGCACUGCACGUUGAGUGCAUGCAUGUGCCUGCACUGCACGUUGAGUGCAUGCAUGUGCCUGCACUGCACGUUGAGUGCAUGCAUGUGCCUGCACUGCACGUUGAGUGCAUGCAUGUGCCUGCACUGCACGUUGAGUGCAUGCAUGUGCCUGCACUGCACGUUGAGUGCAUGCAUGUGCCUGCACUGCACGUUGAGUGCAUGCAUGUGCCUGCACUGCACGUUGAGUGCAUGCAUGUGCCUGCACUGCACGUUGAGUGCAUGCAUGUGCCUGCACUGCACGUUGAGUGCAUGCAUGUGCCUGCACUGCACGUUGAGUGCAUGCAUGUGCCUGCACUGCACGUUGAGUGCAUGCAUGUGCCUGCACUGCACGUUGAGUGCAUGCAUUGCAUGCAUGUGCCUGCACUGCACGUUGAGUGCAUGCAUGUGCCUGCACUGCACGUUGAGUGCAUGCAUGUGCCUGCACUGCACGUUGAGUGCAUGCAUGUGCCUGCACUGCACGCUGAGUGCAUGCAUGUGCCUGCACUGCACGCUGAGUGCAUGCAUGUGCCUGCACUGCACGCUGAGUGCAUGCAUGUGCCUGCACUGCACGUUGAGUGCAUGCAUGUGCCUGCAAUGCACGUUGAGUGCAUGCAUGUGCCUGCACUGCACGUUGAGUGCAUGCAUGUGCCUGCACUGCACGUUGAGUGCAUGCAUGUGCCUGCACUGCACGUUGAGUGCAUGCAUGUGCCUGCACUGCACGUUGAGUGCAUGCAUGUGCCUGCACUGCACGUUGAGUGCAUGCAUGUGCCUGCACUGCACGUUGAGUGCAUGCAUGUGCCUGCACUGCACGUUGAGUGCAUGCAUGUGCCUGCACUGCACGUUGAGUGCAUGCAUGUGCCUGCACUGCACGUUGAGUGCAUGCAUGUGCCUGCACUGCACGCUGAGUGCAUGCAUGUGCCUGCACUGCACGCUGAGUGCAUGCAUGUGCCUGCACUGCACGUUGAGUGCAUGCAUGUGCCUGCACUGCACGUUGAGUGCAUGCAUGUGCCUGCACUGCACGCUGAGUGCAUGCAUGUGCCUGCACUGCACGCUGAGUGCAUGCAUGUGCCUGCACUGCACGUUGAGUGCAUGCAUGUGCCUGCACUGCACGUUGAGUGCAUGCAUGUGCCUGCACUGCACGUUGAGUGCAUGCAUGUGCCUGCACUGCACGUUGAGUGCAUGCAUGUGCCUGCACUGCACGUUGAGUGCAUGCAUGUGCCUGCACUGCACGUUGAGUGCAUGCAUGUGCCUGCACUGCACGUUGAGUGCAUGCAUGUGCCUGCACUGCACGUUGAGUGCAUGCAUGUGCCUGCACUGCACGUUGAGUGCAUGCAUGUGCCUGCACUGCACGUUGAGUGCAUGCAUGUGCCUGCACUGCACGUUGAGUGCAUGCAUGUGCCUGCACUGCACGUUGAGUGCAUGCAUGUGCCUGCACUGCACGUUGAGUGCAUGCAUGUGCCUGCACUGCACGUUGAGUGCAUGCAUGUGCCUGCACUGCACGUUGAGUGCAUGCAUGUGCCUGCACUGCACGUUGAGUGCAUGCAUGUGCCUGCACUGCACGUUGAGUGCAUGCAUGUGCCUGCACUGCACGUUGAGUGCAUGCAUGUGCCUGCACUGCACGUUGAGUGCAUGCAUGUGCCUGCACUGCACGUUGAGUGCAUGCAUGUGCCUGCACUGCACGUUGAGUGCAUGCAUGUGCCUGCACUGCACGUUGAGUGCAUGCAUGUGCCUGCACUGCACGUUGAGUGCAUGCAUGUGCCUGCACUGCACGUUGAGUGCAUGCAUGUGCCUGCACUGCACGUUGAGUGCAUGCAUGUGCCUGCACUGCACGUUGAGUGCAUGCAUGUGCCUGCACUGCACGUUGAGUGCAUGCAUGUGCCUGCACUGCACGUUGAGUGCAUGCAUGUGCCUGCACUGCACGUUGAGUGCAUGCAUGUGCCUGCACUGCACGUUGAGUGCAUGCAUGUGCCUGCACUGCACGUUGAGUGCAUGCAUGUGCCUGCACUGCACGUUGAGUGCAUGCAUGUGCCUGCACUGCACGUUGAGUGCAUGCAUGUGCCUGCACUGCACGUUGAGUGCAUGCAUGUGCCUGCACUGCACGUUGAGUGCAUGCAUGUGCCUGCACUGCACGUUGAGUGCAUGCAUGUGCCUGCACUGCACGUUGAGUGCAUGCAUGUGCCUGCACUGCACGUUGAGUGCAUGCAUGUGCCUGCACUGCACGCUGAGUGCAUGCAUGUGCCUGCACUGCACGUUGAGUGCAUGCAUGUGCCUGCACUGCACGUUGAGUGCAUGCAUGUGCCUGCACUGCACGCUGAGUGCAUGCAUGUGCCUUCACUGCACGCUGAGUGCAUGCAUGUGCCUGCACUGCACGCUGAGUGCAUGCAUGUGCCUGCACUGCACGCUGAGUGCAUGCAUGUGCCUGCACUGCACGCUGAGUGCAUGCAUGUGCCUGCACUGCACGCUGAGUGCAUGCAUGUGCCUGCACUGCACGCUGAGUGCAUGCAUGUGCCUGCACUGCACGCUGAGUGCAUGCAUGUGCCUGCACUGCACGUUGAGUGCAUGCAUGUGCCUGCACUGCACGUUGAGUGCAUGCAUGUGCCUGCACUGCACGUUGAGUGCAUGCAUGUGCCUGCACUGCACGUUGAGUGCAUGCAUGUGCCUGCACUGCACGUUGAGUGCAUGCAUGUGCCUGCACUGCACGUUGAGUGCAUGCAUGUGCCUGCACUGCACGUUGAGUGCAUGCAUGUGCCUGCACUGCACGUUGAGUGCAUGCAUGUGCCUGCACUGCACGUUGAGUGCAUGCAUGUGCCUGCACUGCACGUUGAGUGCAUGCAUGUGCCUGCACUGCACGUUGAGUGCAUGCAUGUGCCUGCACUGCACGUUGAGUGCAUGCAUGUGCCUGCACUGCACGUUGAGUGCAUGCAUGUGCCUGCACUGCACGUUGAGUGCAUGCAUGUGCCUGCACUGCACGUUGAGUGCAUGCAUGUGCCUGCACUGCACGUUGAGUGCAUGCAUGUGCCUGCACUGCACGUUGAGUGCAUGCAUGUGCCUGCACUGCACGUUGAGUGCAUGCAUGUGCCUGCACUGCACGUUGAGUGCAUGCAUGUGCCUGCACUGCACGUUGAGUGCAUGCAUGUGCCUGCACUGCACGUUGAGUGCAUGCAUGUGCCUGCACUGCACGUUGAGUGCAUGCAUGUGCCUGCACUGCACGUUGAGUGCAUGCAUGUGCCUGCACUGCACGUUGAGUGCAUGCAUGUGCCUGCACUGCACGUUGAGUGCAUGCAUGUGCCUGCACUGCACGUUGAGUGCAUGCAUGUGCCUGCACUGCACGUUGAGUGCAUGCAUGUGCCUGCACUGCACGUUGAGUGCAUGCAUGUGCCUGCACUGCACGCUGAGUGCAUGCAUGUGCCUGCACUGCACGCUGAGUGCAUGCAUGUGCCUGCACUGCACGCUGAGUGCAUGCAUGUGCCUGCACUGCACGCUGAGUGCAUGCAUGUGCCUGCACUGCACGUUGAGUGCAUGCAUGUGCCUGCACUGCACGUUGAGUGCAUGCAUGUGCCUGCACUGCACGUUGAGUGCAUGCAUGUGCCUGCACUGCACGUUGAGUGCAUGCAUGUGCCUGCACUGCACGUUGAGUGCAUGCAUGUGCCUGCACUGCACGUUGAGUGCAUGCAUGUGCCUGCACUGCACGUUGAGUGCAUGCAUGUGCCUGCACUGCACGUUGAGUGCAUGCAUGUGCCUGCACUGCACGUUGAGUGCAUGCAUGUGCCUGCACUGCACGUUGAGUGCAUGCAUGUGCCUGCACUGCACGUUGAGUGCAUGCAUGUGCCUGCACUGCACGUUGAGUGCAUGCAUGUGCCUGCACUGCACGUUGAGUGCAUGCAUGUGCCUGCACUGCACGUUGAGUGCAUGCAUGUGCCUGCACUGCACGUUGAGUGCAUGCAUGUGCCUGCACUGCACGUUGAGUGCAUGCAUGUGCCUGCACUGCACGUUGAGUGCAUGCAUGUGCCUGCACUGCACGUUGAGUGCAUGCAUGUGCCUGCACUGCACGUUGAGUGCAUGCAUGUGCCUGCACUGCACGUUGAGUGCAUGCAUGUGCCUGCACUGCACGUUGAGUGCAUGCAUGUGCCUGCACUGCACGUUGAGUGCAUGCAUGUGCCUGCACUGCACGUUGAGUGCAUGCAUGUGCCUGCACUGCACGUUGAGUGCAUGCAUGUGCCUGCACUGCACGUUGAGUGCAUGCAUGUGCCUGCACUGCACGUUGAGUGCAUGCAUGUGCCUGCACUGCACGCUGAGUGCAUGCAUGUGCCUGCACUGCACGCUGAGUGCAUGCAUGUGCCUGCACUGCACGCUGAGUGCAUGCAUGUGCCUGCACUGCACGCUGAGUGCAUGCAUGUGCCUGCACUGCACGCUGAGUGCAUGCAUGUGCCUGCACUGCACGUUGAGUGCAUGCAUGUGCCUGCACUGCACGUUGAGUGCAUGCAUGUGCCUGCACUGCACGUUGAGUGCAUGCAUGUGCCUGCACUGCACGUUGAGUGCAUGCAUGUGCCUGCACUGCACGUUGAGUGCAUGCAUGUGCCUGCACUGCACGUUGAGUGCAUGCAUGUGCCUGCACUGCACGUUGAGUGCAUGCAUGUGCCUGCACUGCACGUUGAGUGCAUGCAUGUGCCUGCACUGCACGUUGAGUGCAUGCAUGUGCCUGCACUGCACGUUGAGUGCAUGCAUGUGCCUGCACUGCACGUUGAGUGCAUGCAUGUGCCUGCACUGCACGUUGAGUGCAUGCAUGUGCCUGCACUGCACGUUGAGUGCAUGCAUGUGCCUGCACUGCACGUUGAGUGCAUGCAUGUGCCUGCACUGCACGUUGAGUGCAUGCAUGUGCCUGCACUGCACGUUGAGUGCAUGCAUGUGCCUGCACUGCACGUUGAGUGCAUGCAUGUGCCUGCACUGCACGUUGAGUGCAUGCAUGUGCCUGCACUGCACGUUGAGUGCAUGCAUGUGCCUGCACUGCACGUUGAGUGCAUGCAUGUGCCUGCACUGCACGUUGAGUGCAUGCAUGUGCCUGCACUGCACGUUGAGUGCAUGCAUGUGCCUGCACUGCACGUUGAGUGCAUGCAUGUGCCUGCACUGCACGUUGAGUGCAUGCAUGUGCCUGCACUGCACGUUGAGUGCAUGCAUGUGCCUGCACUGCACGUUGAGUGCAUGCAUGUGCCUGCACUGCACGUUGAGUGCAUGCAUGUGCCUGCACUGCACGUUGAGUGCAUGCAUGUGCCUGCACUGCACGUUGAGUGCAUGCAUGUGCCUGCACUGCACGUUGAGUGCAUGCAUGUGCCUGCACUGCACGUUGAGUGCAUGCAUGUGCCUGCACUGCACGUUGAGUGCAUGCAUGUGCCUGCACUGCACGUUGAGUGCAUGCAUGUGCCUGCACUGCACGUUGAGUGCAUGCAUGUGCCUGCACUGCACGUUGAGUGCAUGCAUGUGCCUGCACUGCACGUUGAGUGCAUGCAUGUGCCUGCACUGCACGUUGAGUGCAUGCAUGUGCCUGCACUGCACGUUGAGUGCAUGCAUGUGCCUGCACUGCACGUUGAGUGCAUGCAUGUGCCUGCACUGCACGUUGAGUGCAUGCAUGUGCCUGCACUGCACGUUGAGUGCAUGCAUGUGCCUGCACUGCACGUUGAGUGCAUGCAUGUGCCUGCACUGCACGUUGAGUGCAUGCAUGUGCCUGCACUGCACGUUGAGUGCAUGCAUGUGCCUGCACUGCACGUUGAGUGCAUGCAUGUGCCUGCACUGCACGUUGAGUGCAUGCAUGUGCCUGCACUGCACGUUGAGUGCAUGCAUGUGCCUGCACUGCACGUUGAGUGCAUGCAUGUGCCUGCACUGCACGUUGAGUGCAUGCAUGUGCCUGCACUGCACGUUGAGUGCAUGCAUGUGCCUGCACUGCACGUUGAGUGCAUGCAUGUGCCUGCACUGCACGUUGAGUGCAUGCAUGUGCCUGCACUGCACGUUGAGUGCAUGCAUGUGCCUGCACUGCACGUUGAGUGCAUGCAUGUGCCUGCACUGCACGUUGAGUGCAUGCAUGUGCCUGCACUGCACGUUGAGUGCAUGCAUGUGCCUGCACUGCACGUUGAGUGCAUGCAUGUGCCUGCACUGCACGUUGAGUGCAUGCAUGUGCCUGCACUGCACGUUGAGUGCAUGCAUGUGCCUGCACUGCACGUUGAGUGCAUGCAUGUGCCUGCACUGCACGUUGAGUGCAUGCAUGUGCCUGCACUGCACGUUGAGUGCAUGCAUGUGCCUGCACUGCACGUUGAGUGCAUGCAUGUGCCUGCACUGCACGUUGAGUGCAUGCAUGUGCCUGCACUGCACGUUGAGUGCAUGCAUGUGCCUGCACUGCACGUUGAGUGCAUGCAUGUGCCUGCACUGCACGUUGAGUGCAUGCAUGUGCCUGCACUGCACGUUGAGUGCAUGCAUGUGCCUGCACUGCACGUUGAGUGCAUGCAUGUGCCUGCACUGCACGUUGAGUGCAUGCAUGUGCCUGCACUGCACGUUGAGUGCAUGCAUGUGCCUGCACUGCACGUUGAGUGCAUGCAUGUGCCUGCACUGCACGUUGAGUGCAUGCAUGUGCCUGCACUGCACGUUGAGUGCAUGCAUGUGCCUGCACUGCACGUUGAGUGCAUGCAUGUGCCUGCACUGCACGUUGAGUGCAUGCAUGUGCCUGCACUGCACGUUGAGUGCAUGCAUGUGCCUGCACUGCACGUUGAGUGCAUGCAUGUGCCUGCACUGCACGUUGAGUGCAUGCAUGUGCCUGCACUGCACGUUGAGUGCAUGCAUGUGCCUGCACUGCACGUUGAGUGCAUGCAUGUGCCUGCACUGCACGUUGAGUGCAUGCAUGUGCCUGCACUGCACGUUGAGUGCAUGCAUGUGCCUGCACUGCACGUUGAGUGCAUGCAUGUGCCUGCACUGCACGUUGAGUGCAUGCAUGUGCCUGCACUGCACGUUGAGUGCAUGCAUGUGCCUGCACUGCACGUUGAGUGCAUGCAUGUGCCUGCACUGCACGUUGAGUGCAUGCAUGUGCCUGCACUGCACGUUGAGUGCAUGCAUGUGCCUGCACUGCACGUUGAGUGCAUGCAUGUGCCUGCACUGCACGUUGAGUGCAUGCAUGUGCCUGCACUGCACGUUGAGUGCAUGCAUGUGCCUGCACUGCACGUUGAGUGCAUGCAUGUGCCUGCACUGCACGUUGAGUGCAUGCAUGUGCCUGCACUGCACGUUGAGUGCAUGCAUGUGCCUGCACUGCACGUUGAGUGCAUGCAUGUGCCUGCACUGCACGUUGAGUGCAUGCAUGUGCCUGCACUGCACGUUGAGUGCAUGCAUGUGCCUGCACUGCACGUUGAGUGCAUGCAUGUGCCUGCACUGCACGUUGAGUGCAUGCAUGUGCCUGCACUGCACGUUGAGUGCAUGCAUGUGCCUGCACUGCACGUUGAGUGCAUGCAUGUGCCUGCACUGCACGUUGAGUGCAUGCAUGUGCCUGCACUGCACGUUGAGUGCAUGCAUGUGCCUGCACUGCACGUUGAGUGCAUGCAUGUGCCUGCACUGCACGUUGAGUGCAUGCAUGUGCCUGCACUGCACGUUGAGUGCAUGCAUGUGCCUGCACUGCACGUUGAGUGCAUGCAUGUGCCUGCACUGCACGUUGAGUGCAUGCAUGUGCCUGCACUGCACGUUGAGUGCAUGCAUGUGCCUGCACUGCACGUUGAGUGCAUGCAUGUGCCUGCACUGCACGUUGAGUGCAUGCAUGUGCCUGCACUGCACGUUGAGUGCAUGCAUGUGCCUGCACUGCACGUUGAAACCGGCCAGGCUGCUCUCAGUCGCGCUCUUCCAGUUCGCAGGGGCGCUCAUCAUGGCCGUUGCUGGCUUUGCUCUGGCCUCCGCGCUCUCAGCAGGGCUUGCGGCAGUGGCAGUGGCGUUGGUGGCAGAGGCAGCAGUGGUGCUGGGGAAGAAGAUGUGCCGCAUCUCAUCCCUACAUGCGCCCCUCUGUACCUAUCCGCACCACUCUUUCCUUAUUGACCCAGCGCCCUGGCUCUCCGCGCUCUCAGCUGGUCUGGCAGCGGUGGCAGUGGCGUUGGUGGCGGAGGCGGCAGUGGUGCUGGGGAAGAAGAUGUGUCGCAACAAAGUGACUCGUGUGCUGUGCGUGGCAUCUGCUGUGAUUACAUUCUACUACGCCACGCAGUGGAUCUUCCCCACCGUCAUCCUGCUAGGCGGUGCGGUGACCUACUUCACGGAGCGCAACAAGCCCAUUCCGCCGCAGCGCAGCGACAUUCAGAGGCUGGGGGUGUCUCCUCUGGUGGGCGGGAUGCUGCUGUUCGCGUGGAUCGGCAUUCUGGUCUUUGCCAUCGUGUAUAAGAACGCCACUAGCUACGAGAAAGCGCCGUGGAUCCACUGGUUCGAGGGAUUCUAUCUCACGGGGUCAGUGACGUACGGAGGAGGGCAGGUGGUGCUGCCACUGCUGGAGAGCGUCGUGAUUCAAUAUGAGACAGUGUGCCCGCCCAACGGAGGAAAGUGUGUUCAAGUGGAAGCAAACACAUCAUGGGUAACUUCCCAGCAAUUCCUCGCCGGACUCGCUCUUGCACAGGCCCUGCCUGGUCCUCUCUUCAACUUCUCCGCCUACAUUGGCGCCAUUGUGGGGGGGAUGGGCGGGGUGAUAGCGUGCUGGUUCGGCCUCUUCUCGCCUGGCAUCCUCAUCAUCUACGGGGUGCUGCCCUUCUGGGGCAAGUUCCGCAAGUGGAAGCUGUACAAGCGUGCGACACCGGGCUUUAACUCAACCGCAAUUGGUCUCAUCUGGGCGUCAGUGUUCUCCCUGGGCCUCAAGGUGUACAAAGUCAGCCCCUUCCCCAUGGCGUCACUCUGCAUUGCCAUGAUUGGUUACGCAGCUACCAAUUUCCUCAAG